AUGCUCCGGCAGAUUGACAGGACAUCUGUAAGAUAGGCGACAGUCAUUUAUUGGCGGCCUCCAGGGGAUUCGCCUUUACUGCGGAUCGGGGGUUUACACAACUUUGCAGAUGUCGUUGACACAUUUUUUAAUCUCCUCGCCAAUAAAAUUUUGUAGUUAUUGAAAUAUCGCUGGCAGAUUGUCUUUCUUUUCCGGUCUGCAUCACAACGAAACAAGUGCCUUUAAGGUAUGCAGAUUGGAGGUCGGACAUAAUUGCCAGUCAGAAUCAAACCCUCGAUAUCGACAUAUGGCGCGCGACAAAUUUCUGCGCCGGGUUAUUGUGGAUGCAAGGGAUAAUUUAGACCUUAAUUAUUCCGGCACUUAUUCCUAAAUUUGCUCUGAUUCAUCGCGCUUGUUUCAGGAUGUGCUCUUUGACGCCAAAACAAGAGAAGUCAUCAAACUCGUUCUGCAUACAAACAUCCCCGGGCAUUACAAUUUCGGCUUUUAUUCUCGCGUUUCUUUUGAGAUUGAAUGCCCAACUCCCGAGGACUUUGAAGAUGAAUCGGUGGUCAUCAGAACUGAUUCAAAGGUUCGUUUUGUUAAUGCGGGAUAAUUCGAAAUCUUUUUUCAGUUGACAGAUUUUAUAAAUAUCUUCGAAGAUAAGACUCCCGUCGUUGUGAAUAGAGCCCCGAGCAGUGAAGGGGAAAACCCCUUCGGAUCUACCUUUUGUUAUGGGACAGAUGGAAUGAUUGUAGAGGUAUCUUAAAGUGUUGUUGCUAUAAUAAUUUAAGGUGCUGGACAAUGCCCAUAUUGCUUCGUUGACGCUUUACAAGUCGGGUUUGAGUCGGAAGAUUUACUCAGGUUCGGAUGAUGAUGCUUCCAAGGAUUCCCAGUCUUCUUGA